AUGACUUCCACUGCAACUUGCCUCUUUUAUCACCUCCCAUACGACUGCUGGCUAAACAUCAUAAAUCGCCUCCGUUCCAAUGACAUCCUGGCCCUCUCGAAAACAUCCCGUGCCCUACACACCUCAACCAACCACCUCCUCUACAGAGACAUAAAAUGGCUCUGGAAGACCUGGAGAGGCUUCCUGAAACGACUCCUCCUACUCCUCCAAACCAUCCUCGCGCGACCACAUUUAGCCUCGUUGGUGCGGAACAUAACUUUCCUCACACGCGAUCAACAGCCAUACUUAAAUUGGACUAAGCCCGACAUACCCUGGAGGGCUCAGGCGGGUCGUUACAAGGACAUGGUUGCAGGCUCAGUGGAUAUCAUUGAACGGGGUGAAACGGAGGCGUUUAUCGCGGUUCUCAUCUCGCAGCUUCCAGGGUUGACUAGUCUGUGGUUGGACUGGGAGCUCGCUGGAAGAGGUGGGUAUCCGGAUAGGAUGUUGAAGAAUGCGCUGUCAUUGGACAUGGGACUGCUGUCAAAAUUUUCCUGUCUUGGGCUGCUUGAAUACGGUGGGAAUGUGCGACAACCUAUUGGAUACCAUGCUGAGCCAAUCUACGAGCCCAACUUCGUCUCUGAUAGCUACCGAGGCCCUCACAACAAAGAGCUAUGUAUCGGCUGGUUCUUUCUUCCCUUCACUCGGCACUUGGAAAUACGACUCCCAGACAUCACACUGCUCAAGCAAAAACAUCCUGAGGAAUUGAACCUCCGCCAUUUACGAACUCACAUUUUAGUGGUCGCCACGAUAUCAGAGCACGAUGUCCUCUUCUUACUCACCCAGACAUCAUCUUCGCUGCAAAAUCUCCACUUGGGAUUGACCUUCAAAAGACAUAACCGGCCCAUUCUCAAGAAUCGCAAAGUCCUCGCUCAGGCAUUAGCGUCAGUCAGAAAUUCCGUGGAGAACUUCUGUAUGAAGAUUGAAUACUACUCAUGCUGCGAUAUGUGCGAGCAGGUCCGCCGCAAUAAGCGUAGGAAAGAAGUGUCAUGGGAGCCGGUUCGUGAGGUCUUCAAAACGUUCACCAAGCUCAGAACUCUGGAGAUACAAAUGGCUGUUCUUUUUGGACCUGACCCCGAUCAAGCUGACACUCAGGUUGCUCUACCUUGCACAUUGACCAAGUUGUGCCUGAGGGAUGACCUGCGUGAACCACACCGGCUCAAGAAAUGGACCUAUAUUCGCACUACAGACUGCACGCAUGCUUUUCUCAACACAGAUUGGAGAUCUUCAACUCCUUUGCUAGGAUAUAUCUGCCUCCGGCUAUGGUAUUUGGAUGAGGAUAACGAGUAUGAAGGCUAUGAAUCUGACAUUUGUGAGCACCAAGACAAUAGUUGGGAACGAUUGAGAUCUGUGUGCAAAAGGGAGGGAAUUGAACUGGAAGAUCUUGAUCAAGGGUAUCCAGUUUCAACUGAUUCGUGGAUUCCGGAUACCAGCUGGCAUGCGAUGGCUCCUCUCGCACACCCUCAGUUAUUUUCCGAUUAG